GUGUAGUUCCGCCCUGCGAGUGACAUAAACGUCCUAGCGAUAGAAGCGUGCUGUGGAAGGUUCCGCACAUCAGGAACAUACUAAGCCACGGAAAGCCGUUUGUUUCCAGCAUUCAGCAGAAGUCAGCGUGUGAUUUAUUUAUCCAGUCGCCGAGAGCGCCGGCCAGACGUCAGAGUGACCUUUCCGAAAGAGCUAAUCUACAUUGAUCAGAUUCUGCCCCAGACCUGCCGCUGCUCACCGCCUCCAAACUCCCAGGGCGCCGCUUGGACACGACGAUGGAUGAGCUUCAGGAUGUGCAGCUGACUGAGAUCAAGCCCCUGCUGACCAACAAGAAUGCUCGGAACUUCCAGGACUUUGACUGCCAGGAGCAUGACAUCGAGACACCCCAUGGCGUGCUCCAUGUGACCAUGAGGGGGAUCCCGAAGGGCAACCGGCCGGUCAUCCUCACUUACCAUGACAUCGGCCUCAACCAUAAGUCCUGCUUCAACACGCUGUUCAACUUUGAGGACAUGCAGGAGAUCACGCAGCACUUUGCUGUGGUCCACGUUGAUGCCCCUGGCCAGCAGGAGGGCGCGCCGCCUUUCCCUACAGGGUACCAGUACCCCACCAUGGAUGAGCUGGCUGAGAUGCUCCCCUCUGUCCUCACCCAUCUGAAGGUGACCAGUGUGAUUGGGAUUGGAGUGGGAGCUGGGGCCUAUAUCCUGACCAGAUUCGCACUGAAUAACUCGGGCCUGGUGGAGGGGCUGGUUCUGAUCAAUGUCGACCCGUGUGCCGAGGGCUGGAUGGACUGGGCCGCCUCCAAGCUGUCUGGAUGGACCAGUAACCUGGUGGACAUAGUUAUGGCUCACCACUUCAGCACGAAUGAGCUGACAGAAAACCAGGAGCUGAUCCAGACUUACCGGCUGCACAUUGCCCAGGACAUCAACCAGGACAACCUAGGCCUCUUCUGCGCCUCCUACAGCGGCCGUCGCGACCUGGAGAUCGAGAGGCCUGUCCCAGGUUUGAAUGAGGACACAGUGAACACACUGACGUGCCCAGCUCUGCUGGUGGUUGGAGACACGUCCCCGGCUGUCGAGGCUGUGGUGGAGUGUAACUCCAGGUUAAAUCCAUCGAAAACAACACUGCUGAAGAUGGCUGACUGUGGCGGCUUGCCUCAGGUUGUCCAACCUGGGAAGCUCGCCGAAGCCUUCAAGUACUUUGUCCAGGGCAUGGGUUACAUCCCCUAUGUUCAGCUCAGCCAUCUGAACAAUGAAUCAGUUCCUACGGCAAGCAUGACCAGGCUUGCACGCUCCCGCACUCAGUCCUCAUCCAGCGUGGGCUCCCCAGAUGGCACCCACAACCGCACCCUGGCCAACGCCCAGCUAGAGGAUGCUAACGCCGGCGCCGCCCUCGACAAUCAGUCUAGGCCUCAGACCAUGGAGGUUUCCUGCUAAACACCUUCAGUCUUGCCCUCCAAAAUGCCUGCCAGAGAAUCCCCCUUGCUGUCCCUCUGUCCCCAUUCCCUGUGUCUACCUGCUUCUCCUCUCUUCCCAUCCCUUCUCCUGUCCUUGAGCUCUAAGCCAGAGAGACCUGUAAUGAAUGGUGUUAUAAAUGUGAAUAUAUACAUACAUAUAAAUAUAUAUAUAAAACUAUAUGUAAUUACACACUUAUAUCAGACUUCCAGUCACAAGCUGAGGGGACCAAAAAAAGAUUUACAUUGAGAAAUUGACAGUGUGCUGCCUUCCCCUGACUUCUCUCCUCCUUAUUGUUUUCUUACAGCGUAUGCAUGCCACCUGUGUCAUUAUAAUGGCCAGUAAAUUUGGCUUUUUUUGGUCAUUGUCAUUUCAUUCUCGUUCGUUUUAUCAUCUGUCUUCCAUUGUUCAAAGAUGAUUGAUUUCCCAAGUCCGUUUUGU